GCCUUGGGACCACUGAUGCUCAGCCUGGCAGGUGCCAUGGAGAUCCAGGUCCCAGAUGAACCCGUGGUGGCUCUUUUCGGUCGGGAUGCUACCCUACACUGCUCCUUCUCCCCCGAGGCCAACUUCAGCCUCGAUGACCUGAGCCUCAUCUGGCAGCUGACGGACACCAAGCGCUUGGUCCACAGCUUCUCUGGUGGCCAAGACCAGCUGGCAGACCAGGGUGGGGGCUACGCCAACCGUACGGCCCUCUUCUAUGACCAGCUGGCCCAGGGGAACGUCUCACUGCUCCUUCGGCGUGUGGAGAUCUCGGAUGAGGGCAGCUUCACCUGCUUUGUCCGAGUCCGGGACUACAGCAGCGCAGCUGUGACGUUGCAGGUGGCAGCUCCUUACUCCAAGCCCAACAUGAACCUGGAGCCCAACAAGGACUUGAAGCCAGGAGAUCUGGCGGCCGUGACUUGCCACGCUUCCCACGGCUACCCCGAGGCCAGCGUCCUCUGGCAGGACAGCCGGGGCAGCAACAUCACAGAAAACAUCACCACGUCCCAGGUGGCCAACGAGGAAGGUCUCUUUGACGUGCACAGUGUCCUCCAGGUGCUGGUGGAGCCCAGCAGCACCUACUCCUGCCUGGUGCGAAACCCGGUGCUGCAGCAGGAAACCCAAGCUUCUGUUACCAUCACAGGCCAACACCUCGCCUUCCCUGCUGUGGCUCUCUGGGUGACGGUGGGACUCGCUGUCUGUGUCGUGGGGCUGCUCGCCGUUCUGGCGUACGUGUGCCAUAAGAAAAUCCGCCAGAGCUGUGAGGAAGAGGAGGAAAACGCAGGGACAGAGGAGCAGGACGAGGAAGGGGAAGAACCCAAAACAGCUCUGCAGCCUCUGAAGAGUGUGGAGAGCAAAGACGCUCGGGACUGA